AAUACUGUCAAUAACCCUAUCCCUGACAAGAACAUAAUGUCUACAUUCAUUCCUCAAAGCAUCAACCAACAACAGUUACCACCGCCGCAAGGACCUCACUUCCCACCACCACCUCCACCCCAUCAUACUAUUCUUGGUCCAUAUCCGGGAACUUAUCCACCCCCAGUGCCUACUCCACCUGAGUUCCGUCAAUUUGAUAAUUCUCCUAUGAAUCCACCAAUGAUACCAGGAGCUCCAAAUGCCAACAUGUGGACUUCCCAAAUCAUGACACCACCUCCUGGUGCCAAUAUGAGAAACAGCAAUUAUAUCGACCAUACUUUGAUGCACCAACCAAUGAUGAACAAUACCAACCAUGGCGGCAACCGCUAUAACACCCAUCGUUAUCCUCACCGGGGCAAUUUCGACGGUAUGAACACUCAUCGUAAGAACAAUGGUAAGCCUCGUCGAGGUGAUGAUGCGUCCAAGUAUGCCAAUGCUAAAUUGAGUGAUUUUGUUGGUGAUAUAUUGAAUCUUUGUAAGGAUCAACAUGGUUGUCGAUUCUUGCAACGUCAAUUAGAGUUGGAUGAAGGUGCAGCCACGAUAAUCUUCCAAGAGAUUUACUUCAAGAUUGUCGAAUUAAUGAUUGAUCCCUUUGGAAACUACUUGAUUCAAAAGUUAUUUGAACAUAUUACUGUAGAGCAACGAAUUGUCCUUGUUAAGAAUGCCUCAGGUGAAUUCAUGAAGAUAUCCAUGGAUCCUCAUGGUACCAGAGCCUUACAGAAAUUGAUUGAAUGCAUUUCUACCGCUGAAGAAUCAAAAUUAAUCAUUGAAGCAUUACAGCCUCAUAUUGUAAUAUUAUCCCGAGACUUAAAUGGGAACCAUGUUGUGCAAAAAUGCUUGCAAAAUUUGAAAACAUCUGAUAAUCAGUUCAUAUUUGAUGCUGUUUGUGCCAAUUGUCUUGCCAUUGCUACUCAUCGUCACGGAUGUUGUGUAUUGCAGAGAUGUUUGGAUCACGGCGAUCCACUACAACGUCAACAAUUAUCCUUGAAAAUCGCAGAAAACGCCACCAAGCUUGCAAUCGACCCAUUUGGAAACUAUGUCGUUCAGUACGUGUUGAGCCAUGGUGAUGAUAAAUCAAUUGAAAUUAUCUUGAAUCAUAUUAAAUCAAAUACAAUCGCAUUAUCAUUGCAUAAAUUUGGAUCAAAUGUGAUUGAAAAGUCAUUGAGAAUUAAUAAAUUAUCCAAUCAAUUGAUUGAGGUUUUAUUAUUGAAUGAAUCAAGAUUUGAAGAGUUGCUAAAUGAUGGGUUUGGUAAUUAUGUAUUACAAACAAGUUUAGAUGUUGCUAGUCCAACCGACUUGGCAAGAUUAUCCCAAUCUUUAAUCCCUUUAUUGCCAAACAUCAAAAAUACACCUCAUGGAAGAAGAAUUAUGAAUAAACUUCAAUCAAUGGAAUAAUUAGACAUUUACCUAUAUAUAUUCACUAUCUUUUGUAUAUUAACCUGAAUAUUAAUUAAUAAAUAUUAUACUAAACUUUGAGUACAAUAUCCGAGGAUAGUCAGUUCAUUUGGGAAGAUGACGCUCUACUCUAAUUUUUUCCUGUAUGUGUCUCAGAUUGCCUUUGUCCGUAAAAGAUAAUGUCUACAUUGGAUAAGUUCAUGUACAAAAACUGGGCUAUUUGAAUUUUCUUCUAGUAAACCGGCAGUUAUUUGGUCAAUAGAUUAGAUUCCUUUAGUCCUGUUUCAUUUUUAGCCUUUAAGGGAUUUGAAUUUUCAAUAGGCUUGCAACUUUUUAUAACACUACCAAAAUGAACUAUAUGAACAAAGAAGUCAUUGAACCCAAUACCAAGGUAACCCAUUUAAGUUAGAACUUGUGUUUUGUAGACAGAUUUCUCGAAAGAGAAGAGAACUAACCAGGAAAGCUAAAAAAAUUCAUCGCCAAAACAAUUGAGUAUCCUUAAUAUGCCAAUCCAGAAUAAGAUCAACCAUAUUAUCUAUAAAGAAAAACACGACAUUGAGGAUACACCCUUCAAGAAUGUGUGGGUAAAUCUAAUUGAUUAAGGAUAUAUGUAUUAUACUAUCACAUUUGGAGACCCUGUGGCACCCAAAAGGGAAUAAACAAUAAUCCAUAUAGAGAAUGUUAUGUAGAACCUUUAGUACCUCUGUCUAGAUUGUAACUUCCCCGGAAAUACUAGCCCUGUC